GCCAUGGAAAUUCCCGUUUGAACGAGCAAAUAUGGAAUUGAAAACGAGAAUCGCAAUAAAAAAAAAUGGCAACCGCGUUCAAUUCACUGCUCACUAUGUCGCCCAAUCCUUAAAUACCCCAUUCUCUGUCUCCGUUCUCGUACCGACAUUGUCUAACUACUUCUAAAAACACAGUCUUUGCUUUCUCCUUUAAUUUCUUUCUUCAAAUCAAUACUCUGAAAAAAGAUUUGAUUUUGAGAGGAUUUAAUUGUAGAUUUGUAGGUAAAGAACAGAAAAUGGGAGGUGGGUUUUUCUCAUCAUCAUCCAAGCCUGGAUCCCCUCUGAGUUUCCCGUCAAAAUCGCCGUCUCCUCCUCGCAGUUCGUUUUCCGAAACGCUCAUGAAAGAAACGAUUGCCACCGUAGAACCAAUGAUCCGGAAAUGGGACCUCGAGGAAUCGGCGACGUACGAGAGAAUCUCCUACCUUUUCCGGGAUAAUCGGGUAGAGGCUAUGGAGUUUCUGAGCUGCGUCAACGACUUGCAGCAUUCUAUGCAACUAGUGGCCCUGGAGAAUUCGAGCUCUGAGCACCUCGUUACAGCUCAUAACUUGAUGCAAAUCGCCAUGAAGAGGCUUCAGAAAGAGUUCUACACUAUUUUAUCCGGAAAUCGGUACUUUCUGGAUCCUUCGACCAGGUUUUCCGGAACAUCAUCGGCGAAAUCCAGUGUUUCAGAUUUGGGAGACGAUAAUGUUUCCGAGGAAGAUGAAGAGACAGUUGGCCGAACGGGGAGAGUUCCCGACGCGGCGGUUGCGGAUUUGAAAGCCGUCGCGGAAUGCAUGAUCGGAGCUGGGUACGGAAAAGAGUGCAUGAAGAUUUACACCAUAAUCCGGAAAUCCAUCGUGGAUGAGACUCUGUAUUAUCUGGGAAUAGAAAACUCGAGCACUUCCCAGAUUCAGAAAAUGGAUUGGGAAACAUUGGACGAGAGAGCUAAGAAUUGGCUGUCUGCGGUGAAAAUCGCGGUGACAACUCUCUUCCUCGGAGAGAGGAUUCUCUGCAGCGAGGUUUUCGCGGCUUCCGAGGAUAUCAAAGAGUCGUGUUUUACGGCAAUCUCAAAAGACGCCGCGAUGUCGGUGCUGGGAUUCGCGGAAUCCGUUGGGAAAUAUAAGAAGCUAUCCGUCGAGAAAAUGUUCCGUUUUUUGGAUCUUUACGAGGCGGUUUCGGAGCUAUGGCCGGAAAUUGAAUCCAUUUUCGACUUCACUUCCACAUCCGCGGUGAGGUCACAGGCGGUGAUGUCACUCCUAAAGCUCGGAGAAGCCGUUAGAGCGAUGCUUACGGAGUUUGAGACGGCGGUUCAGAAAGAUUCCUCGAAACCGCCGCCAGGUGGCGCUGUUCAUCCGUUAACUCGGUACGUGAUGAAUUACCUCGUUUUCCUCGCCGAUUACAGCGGCGAGGUUUCCGAAAUCGUCGCGGACUGGCCGUUGUCGACGAACUCGCCGUUGCCGGAGGCCUACUUCUCGACUCCUCACCCCGACGACGACGAUUCCGGCGCCUCCGCCGUCUCCGAGCGGUUCGCGUGGCUCGUUCUCCUCCUCCUCUGCAAACUCGACGGCAAGGCACAGAUGUACAAGGACGUGCCGUUAUCGUACCUGUUCUUAGCCAACAACCUAAACUACGUCGUUUCCAAGGUCCGACAAUCGAACCUGAACCUCAUUCUCGGGUCGGGUUGGAUCUCGACCCACGAAGGGAAGGUGAAACAGUACGCGGCGAACUACGAGAGGAUGGGCUGGGAUAAGGUGCUGGCGUCAUUCCCGGAGAUUCCAACCGCCGACAUUUCUCCGGCGGAAGCAAAUGACUGCUUUACGAAAUUCAACUCCGGUUUCGAGGAGGCCUACCGGAGACAGAGCUCGUGGGUCAUACCCGACCCGAAGCUACGCGACCAAGUGAAGAUUUCCCUCGCAAACCGAAUAGUUCCGGGUUACCGAGAUUUGUACGAGGAGCAUCUUAGCAGAUUCCGUGGCGCGGAAUCAGUGGUCAGAUUUACCCCUGACGAUUUGCAAAAUUACCUCUCUGACCUUUUUCACGGAUUGAGUAUUUCAGGCGGGAGCAAAGCUUCAAACGGCGCUUCAUCGCCGUCACCGUCAACAUCGCCGUUACGCGGCCGAUGACGCUUUUAUCCAAAGCAACCGACCAAUAGUAUCUUGUGUACACUGUAGGACAAACAAUAGAGGCAAUGCAUUAAAGACAUCAAAUUUGCAACGUUGUAUUAAAAAAAUAAAAUAUUAAUUAAUUAAUUAUUUAUUUAUUUACGAAUGUA